UACCCUCUCUCUCUCUACUCUCUCUCUCUCUCUUUCGCUCUCUCUCAUCAUUUUCAUGGAGGAAACCCUGAGUUCUAGCUCCAUAGCUCGUAGUGUUUGGAUGGAUGAUGGUCUCUCGAAUUUGAAGGCAUCUUCGUCGGACCUGCAAGGAGUUCCAGAUGAAGGGGAUUCAAUUCAAGAUUGUUUUGAUUCGAUGUUGUGCUUUCCAGGGUCUCGUCUGGUGCUUUCGGGGCUCAGGGAUGCAGAUUGCAGAGAUGAUAUUGUAAUGGUUGUGAAUGCUGGAGGGAAUAUGAUUAAAGGACAGGGCCACCAAAUAAAUUUUCAGGGUGAUUCCUUCUUUGAAGGAGGAGAUGUUCUCACUUCUGAUGAGAAGAUAUUUGAAGGUGGUGACUAUUCAUGUUUGUACCAGUCUGUACGAUAUGGGAACUUCUGCUACACGUUCAACAAUCUUGAUCCUGGGGACUAUUUUCUAGAUUUGCAUUUUGCUGAGAUUGUUUACACGAAUGGGCCUAAAGGAAUUAGGGUUUUUGAUGUUUUUCUUCAAGAAGAGAAGAUAUUGUCUGGAAUGGACAUCUUUUCCAUCGUUGGAGCUAAUAAUCCACUGCAAUUGGUUGAUGUCAGAGUAUCUGUUGCAAAAGAUGAAGAUGUUGUUAUUAGCUUCAAAGGAAUUAGUGGGUCACCUGUGGUUUGUGGGAUCUGCAUUAGAAAAGCAACAACUUUAGUCGAACCACCAAGGGGCCCUGAGAGUCAAAUUUGUAAUAAUUGUGCUUCAGAGAUCAUAGUUUCUCCUACUCAGAGCAGAGGACAGAGUUUCAGUAUGAAACUUACAUCGAGAUAUGAGAAGAAGAUACAAGAACUUACUAGUCAAUUUAAAUUGAAAAACGAUGAGUGCCAUCAGGCAUGGAUGUUGCUAACAUCAGCAAACGAGCAGCUAGAGCAACUGAGAAUGGACAUGGACAACAAGCUAUUCCAGACUGAAACAUUGGAGCAAGCUGUUGAAAAGCAAACAGACAAUUUUAGAGUUGUUUCUGAAAGGUAUGAGCAUGAUAAGAAACUAUGGGUUGCUGCAAUUAAUGACUUGGAAGGGAAAAUCAAGACAAUGAAACAAGAGCACUCCCAACUUUCUCAGGAGGCUCAUGAAUGUGCCAGUGCAAUUCCUGAUUUGAACAAAAUGCUUAUUGGAGUUGAGACCUUGGUUGCUCAGUGUGAGGACCUUAAAAUUAAGUAUGGCGAGGAGUUAGCCAGGAGAAAACGGUUAUAUAACCAAGUACAGGAGAUGAAAGGGAACAUCCGGGUGUUUUGUAGGUGCCGCCCAUUAAGCAAGCAAGAGGUCUCAUCUGGUUACUCAACCAUAGUAGAUUUUGAAGGAGCCAAGGAUGGUGAUAUUGGAAUCUUGACUGGUGGAUCCACAAAGAAAACCUUCAAAUUUGACCGAGUUUAUGCUCCAAGGGAUGGCCAAGGUGAUGUGUAUGCGGAUGCUUCCCCAUUGGUCACAUCUGUUUUAGAUGGAUACAAUGUCUGCAUAUUUGCCUAUGGGCAAACUGGGACUGGUAAGACUUUCACAAUGGAGGGUACCGAGCAGAAUAGAGGAGUGAAUUAUAGAACUUUGGAAGAGUUAUUCAAAAUUUCUGGGGAGAGGAAAGAAACAAUUUCCUACAGCAUCUCGGUUAGUGUUCUUGAAGUUUACAAUGAGCAAAUCAGAGAUUUGUUAGCUACAUCCCCAUCUUCGAAGAAGCUGGAGGUGAGACAAGCAGCCGAAGGAUUUCAUCAUGUACCUGGGAUUGUAGAGGCGAAAGUAGAAAACAUAAAGGAGGUGUGGGAUGUUUUGCAGGCUGGAAGCAAUGCACGAGCAGUUGGUUCCAACAAUGUAAAUGAGCACAGUAGUCGAUCUCACUGUAUGCUUUGCAUAAUGGUGAGAGCAAAGAAUUUGAUGAGUGGAGAGUGUACAAGAAGCAAACUUUGGCUUGUGGAUUUGGCCGGAAGUGAGAGGCUUGCAAAGACAGAUGUCCAGGGAGAAAGGCUAAAAGAAGCUCAGAACAUUAAUAGAUCUCUUUCAGCUCUUGGAGAUGUUAUUUCAGCACUUGCAACCAAAAGCAGCCAUGUCCCUUAUAGAAAUUCCAAGUUGACUCAUUUGUUGCAAGAUUCAUUAGGUGGUGACUCAAAAGCACUGAUGUUUGUACAAAUUAGCCCCUCGGAAAAUGAUUUGGGCGAAACGCUCAGCUCUUUGAAUUUUGCAUCUCGAGUUCGAGGAAUAGAACUAGGCCCAGCAAAGAAGCAGAUUGAUACAGCUGAACUUCAAAAGAUCAAACAGAUGCUUGAAAAAGUAAGGCAAGAAUGCAGAAUUAAAGAUGAGUCUAUCCAAAAACUAGAAGAUAAUUGUCAAAACUUGGAGAAUAAAAUCAGAGGGAAAGAUCAGCUUUGGAGAAAUCUACAAGAGAAGAACAAAGAACUUGAAGGACAACUUGUGUCAAAGGGUGAGCUACAAAACUUUUCAGAAAGGCAACAAUGGCAACUUUCAGAGAAAUUGAAGGGAAAGGAAGAAAUGUGUAUGACCCUUCACCAAAAGGUAAAGGAAUUGGAGAGCAAGAUGAAAGAGCAACAACACUCUGACUCACUGAUACUUCAACAAAAGGUUAAGGAACUGGAGAACAAAAUCAAGGAACAACUGCGCUCCGAGUCCAUGGCUGAACAGAAGUUCAGGGAACUUGAACACAAACUCAAGGAGAAACUCCGAACCGAAAUGAAUCUAGAACAAAAGGUUGUAGAGCUUGAAUGCAAGCUGAGAGAAAGAGAACAGUUGGACUCCAUGAUGUUAUUGAGCAAUGACACAGUGGAUGUAUCAACAAGAAUCAAAACACCAAAUGAAAUUAAAGCUGCAUCACUGUCCAGAGAUAGUUUAACAAGUGAAGUUGAUGCUCAAAUUCUCAGAUGUUCAGACACUACAAACAGUUCAUCAAUUGGGCAGGGUUCUUCUUCUCUCUUGCUCAGAGGCACAGAGUCUCUUCAUGAGAUCAAACGCAAGAGAGAACUAAGAAGUGGAACAAUGGGUGAAUCUGAAAACAGAAUUAGCUUGCCAACAGCUAUGGAGAGGAAGAUGGCAACAGUGAGUGAUAUGAACAAGUCCAGGAAAAUAGAUCCUGCAAAGGCUUUUGGUAGGAUUACGAGGACAUCAAAGGUUGGUACUACUACAACACAAAGGCCCUUCUCUAAUAGCAGAAUUGGCAAAGAACAGGAGAAAACAAGAGUUUGGUCUAGGUAACUAGUAAUUCAUCUUUGGAAAAACAGUAAGAGCUUCUUACUCACAGUAAAUUGUUUAUGCAUAUUACUAUGUGGAAUCACAGAAGCUGUAUUUUUUUUUUUAUUAUUGCAUUUGUACUUUAAACUUGUAUUUGUGUUGAUCCUCAUGAAAAAUGAUGUUGUAAUUUUCUUAAUAUAGUGAAACCCAUGAUUUCUGUAAAAUAUCAAAC